GCGCCGGGAGGCGGGGAGAGGAGCCACGCUGGCCGCCCGCGAAUCCGACUGAAGGCAAAUCCUCCAGAUGGACUAAAGGCAAAAUGGCUCUGGUUCCCUACGACUCGGAAGGAAUAGGGAUACAGAAAUUCCAUAAACCUCAGGCCACCUAUACGUUUGCAAACCGCGUGAUCCAUAUCCAGCAGGACUGGAAGCAACUGGGUGUGGCAGCCGUGGUAUGGGAUGCGGCCGUGGUUCUCUGUACCUACCUGGAGAUGGGGGCUUUCAAUCUUCAAGGCUGUUCUGUGGUGGAGCUAGGAGCUGGAACAGGACUAGUGGGCAUUGUGGCUGCUUUGUUGGGUGCUCACGUGACCAUCACAGAUCGGAAAAUAGCACUAGAAUUUCUCAAGUCCAACGUUCAAGCCAACUUGCCUCAUGAUAUACAACCAAAAGCUGUGGUUAAGGAGUUGACUUGGGGGCAAAACUUGGGGACCUUCUUGCCAGGAGAGUUCGACCUGAUCCUGGGGGCUGACAUCAUCUACCUGGAAGAGACUUUUGUGGAUCUCCUUCACACCCUGGAGCAUCUGUGCAGUGACCGUUCUGUCAUCCUUCUGUCUUGCCGCAUCCGAUAUGAACGGGAUCACAACUUCUUAAAGAUGCUAGCAAAGCGCUUCACUGUGCAGGAGGUUCACUAUGACCUUGAGAAGGAUGUACACAUAUAUAAAGCACACAGGAGAAGCCACAAGGAGGACCUGUAGAGUAUAGUCAGAAUUAUUUGCCAUAGACAUACUGUAACAUUUAUUGUGUUAUCUUGUUAGGUGAACACUGGAUUAUGAACUUAAUGUUGUGGCAUCAUAUGUAGCUAUCUGUGUCACUAUUGAGACAAAUUCCUUAUCUGGCAAUAUCUUCUCAGGCAGAUCAAAGUCAGAAGAAUGAAGCAUUUCUGCAGCAUCAAUCUUGUGAUGGAAUGCUUCUAUGGACAAGUGCUCAGACCCAUCUGGAUAAUGUUGAGGGCUAGGGACUGGACUUGUGAUUUAUGAUUUCAGUGGUGUGACUUCAGUGGCCUCUAUAAUUUAGUGGACCUAUGAUUUAUGAUUUCAGUGCUUAUGACUUCCAGAGAAGGUAACUCCCUCUACCAACAUAGGUCAGCACCUUUCCUGAAACUUACUGUAUUGCAGAGUGCCUUAGAGAACCAAGAAGGGAAAUGACCCGGCCAGUGGGUCAGAGGUGGCCCAUGAACCCAGGUCAUCCUGGCUUUUGGGACAGUUCUGUAUGCCAGGCUGCCUCUCCUGUGGAUGUGGGAAGGCAGAGUUAUACAAAUGGCUUAGAAUUUACUGUGAAAUGUUCAGUGUUUCAUAUAGAGUUUUCAGAGUGUGAAAGAAAUUUGUUUAUACAUUCCCUACUUGUCUUUGUUGGCCCUGCAUGGGUCUUUUCUACUUUUGUCUGGUGGCUGCAAUUUGUAAUUAGAACAUAUUAUACUUCUAAUUUCUAAUUUCAUUUGCAUAAAAAUAUAAUAAAAUGAUUGAAAUAAAUAUUUUAUGUAUUUUGAAAAAUGAGUUUUUAGCUGAGAAAAUAAAUCAGUUUUUACCCUUUUA